UCUCCGGCCACUGCAGUUUUCUGUAGCGGAGGCGAGGUCCCUGAGAAGGCUGAAAGGCCAAGAGAAAACCCCUCCCUAUUUCUCCCGACUGGCUCUGAAGCCCGGUAACGAAAAUGAAAAAGAUUUUCAGUUUCCGCAGAAAGCGAACAGUGAAUCCACUUCCAACCUCCUCAGGAGGAGGGACAGCGGGGUCCAAGAAUCCGAUCCUAAUUCAGGAUACCUGAUUAGGGCCAAGGACCUGGAGAAGAUCCACAAAGCUGCCUCCACUGGGGAUGUGGCGAAGGUGCAGCAGCUGCUGCUGAGGAAGUCAGGCGUGAACGAUCGAGAUAAAAUGAAUCGGACACCUCUACACCUGGCCUGUGCUAAUGGAUAUCCAGAUGUUGUAGCUCUCUUAGUAGAGAGAAACUGCGAUCUAAACCUUCUGGACAAUGAUAAUCUAACACCUUUGAUGAAGGCAGUACGGUGUCAACAUGAGGAGUGUGCUACUACCCUGCUCGAACAUGGUGCACCCAAUCUUGUGGACACCGACAACAACACGGCACUUCACUAUGCUGCCUUUGGACAGAACACAGCUAUAGCAGCAAAGCUGCUGAAACACAACAUGGACAUUGAGGGAAAAAACAAGGAAGGCUAUACACCGCUUGUGGUUGCAAUUAGAGAAAAUAAUCUGGCUAUGGUAGAUUUUUUCUUAAAAAAUGGAGCAAAUGUGAAUGCCACGGAUAACACUAAAAGGACACCCAUCAUGCAUGCUGCCAUUGGUGAACCAGUAGGCAUAGUGAGUCUUCUUCUUCAAUAUGAUGUUGAUGUCUCUUGCCGAGAUAAAUCUCGAUGGACAGUUUACGACCAUGCCAAAAUCAGUUGUCGCCCAAUUCAUUAUAAACUAAUUACUGAGUAUGGAAGACAGAAGGGACUUUAUCAGUCCCAUUCAACCCUAACCAGCAGUUCAGAGAGUGCUUUUGAUCCAGAAUUUACUUUGGGUGCAGCUGCCAUGGAUCAAAUAGAUUUUACACCAGUAUUGGAAUUUCAAGAAUCAUCACAGGAAAGUGAAGAAAGCUUUGAUAAAAGUGACUCAGAACAGGAGAAAGUUACUUCAGAAAGAGUCAACAUACCAGAACAAACAGCACCUGGGAAACAAGUUAAACCACUUCAUUUUCCACUUUCAUAUCUGGAAAGAAAGUCUCAAGGACUAGAAUCCAAUAAGGAAUCUAAUAGUGACAGUGUGCAUUUAGAUGUAGAAUCAAAACGGGCAGAAAGAUGUGAAAAAGUGCGGGUGAAAGAGAAGACAAUGGAAGUCAAAAGGAAUUUUAAAACUGUUCCAACUGAGUUUAAGCAGAUAUUUGGAGAAAUUUAUGACAAGGACAAAAUUGCAGAUCAGCCCACAGAGAAACUACAAGAUGAGGAACUACUAGAUGUCUCUGAAGAGGAAAUAGAACAGUUACAAGAAGCAUCCCUUAAUCUGACAAAUAGCUCAAGUGACACUGAAAAAGAGGAGAAAGGUAGAGGCCCACUCAGUGUAGGAGUUCAGUCAUUUUCUGAACAAAACGAUUACUCUCUGCAAGAUGCUGUUUUAAAGCUCACUUUCCCAGAACAGGUUCUUCAGUCACCUUCUAAUCUAAGCUCAGAAAGUAGGAACCUACACCAUAAGAAAGGUGAUAAGUCAGAAAUUGAAUGUACUUGUGAUUUAAAUGAAGAAUAUGUUGCGUAUGAUGCAGAAAAUAUAAUACUAGCCGGCACACAGACAGCUGUAAAUGAAAGGAAGGAAGAUGAAGCAUUUGGUAGGAAACUGGCAGGAAAUCUAAACAGGAAUACCACAACUUUGGAAUCAGAUUCAGAACGUUUGCUACAAUCAAGCAGUGUAGCAAGCCAUUGUGAUGUCUGGUGUACUAGCUCUGAUGAUAUGCGAUCAAUCAUCCAAGAAGAAAAGCCUGCAUUCAAAUUUAAUGAGAAAACAAAAGUAAAAGAAAACUUCUUGCAGAAAAGAGAUCACAAUGACAAUAACUCUCCAAAUGAGAUUGAAGAGGAAAAGAAAAAGCAUCAACGCAAUCAAAUUGAAACAUUAGAGGAAAAAGAUAAUGACAGUGUAAUUGAAAAUGGAACAGUUGGCAAAGGUGAUGAGCUGUUUCCUAUGGAGAGCAAUCAGCAUGGUAAAGAUAAGGAAAAUGAAAUCCCUGGGGAAGAAAUUCCAAUAAUGGGAAUUUCUUCUUCCAAGGAAAGUUCAACACCUGUGCACCAUCUUUUAAAGGGCAUGUUCUUUGAUUGUGGGACUGUCACAUCAGCAUCUAUUGAAGAAGGAAGGGCUUCAAAGAAAACAUCGAAUGAAAAGAACAAGGACAAAGUACAGACGGAUGCAGAUGGUCUUGAGGUCCUCCUCACUAAGUCUUCUGAUACAGCUACAGAGAAUUAUGAUUUACCUCUUUUAAACUGUAAGAAUGUUUUGUUGUUGAUUGACCAACAUAGAGUUGAUUGUAAAGAUCCUAUUAGCCUUUUGAAAAUUCGGGACGCAGUUCUUAGAUUUGGACAAUCAAUAGAACUUAAAAAAGGACACUAUACACUACUCACUGGAAAAGUGAAGAGUUUAGAAAACAAGAUCAGUGAACUAUGGGAAGAAUUAGCAGAAACAAAAGAAAUGAAUUCCCAGGUAGAGCAUCAAAAAGCAGAACAGGAUGGAGAAAUCUGUAGACUCAGGUUUAUACUGAAGCAAGAGAAAGAAAAGCGAAUGACUGCAGAAAUGCUGUUUGAAAACAUAAGAGGACAGUUAAGAAGAAUACAUGAACAACAUAGUAAAGAUGCGGAGCUAAAACAGCAGCUUGAAUUUACUCUUAGAAAUCUGCACGUUGAACUGAAAAGAGUAAGAAAUAAUUUGAAACAGGUUCUUGAUAGCAAUGAAAAAGAAAAAUAUCUGCUCCAUAAAAAUCAAAGCCUACAGGAUGAAGUUGCCAUGUUUAAACUAGAGUUAGACAGACUAAACAUUAAGAAUCAGGAGAAAGAAAAUCAAUAUACAGAAGAAAAUGAAGUUUUGAAAGAAAAGAAUAAUGAGCUUCAAAAGGAAUUAAAACUGAAUAAAGAAGCACUAACAAAAACAAUAUCCCAGUACAACGGACAAAUAAAUGUUCUGACCACUGAGAAUGCAAUCCUGAACUCUAAAUUGGAGAAUGAAAAACAAAACAGAGACAGACUAGAGAAAGAAAUUGAAUCAUACCAUUCCCGUCUGACUUCUGCUAUUCGUGAUCAUGAACAAAGUCAGACAUCAACACGGGACCUUGAAAAUAGCUGUCAGCGAGAACGAGAUGACUGGUUUCUUUUACAGGACAAACUAAAUUAUGACUUAUCUAGUCUAAGAGAGAAGAAUCGUGUCCUUUCUCAAGAGCUCUCUAAAGCUGAAAGUAAAGCCCGUCGUUUAGAAAAUGAGCUACACCAUGUACAUGAUUCUCUCAGAGAAAAGCCACUAAUUUCAGAAAGCACACAGACAGAAUUAAACCAGGCCGAAUAUAAAGCAAAGGAACUGGAAGAGACAAAUCAAAUGAAAAUGAAAAAACUGGACACAUAUGUCAUCAAAGAAGAACGUAUCCAAGAAAGAUUAGCCCAAAACCAGAGUGAAAAUAUGUUGCUUCGGCAACAGCUUGAAGAUGCCAAAACAAAGAAAUUGUUAAAGAAAAGGUGUUGAGUGAUGCUAUUGAUCUCUUCAAUAAAGUUUGUGCUGAUAUGGAAAACGAAUUCUUACAGUAGAAGGCAGAAAUAAAGAGUUAAUCAAUGAAUAUAACCACUUAAGAGAACAAAUGUGUAAAUAUGAAAAUGAGAAAGCAGAAAGAGAGAUACAAGCAGCAUUCCAAGAGAACUUAGAACAAUUAAGAGAAAUAACAAUGCUUCCCUAAGAAACCAAAUGGAGCAACGAAUUGGAGAUCUGGAAACUGAAAUCUCCAAAAUGAAAAGCUCAAGUCAAGAGUCUGCUGAGGCAAGCUAGCGAGAUACAGACAGCUUUAUUCUGAAGCAUUAAAAAGCACAAAAUCCUUGUCAGACAAAUUAGCCAGAAACAGUGAGAGGCUAACUGAGGUGAGUCAUCAACUCCAGAAAGAAAAACAAAAGAAUGAAAUUUUAAUCACCAGUUUUACUGCAAAUCCAGUUCUGGAGCCACCACAUGUUGCAAAUAUCAGUACCAAUAUGUUCCUCAGGAGAAGUCUUAUUUCCAGAGGAAAUUUAGGAUUUUCUACUAGAAUUACAUGUCUUCAGAAAGCAGCUUGCGGCCUACUUGGCAAGGAUCUUUAAGCACUUCUCCAAUAGGAUCUCCAAAUGAAUCCACAAGAAUG